UAUUCUUGAAAGAUUCAAGAUUGUCCAAAUUCUAAAGUAAAAGUACCUAUUGGAAUUAGGGAUUUACUAUAAUUUUCAACUACAGUAAUUGAUUAUUAUGUUAUUUUAAGCCAAGCCAGUACUUAGUUUUCUAAAGAAUAAUGGCAGAGUUAUUAUUGGACCCAAAAAUUCGAUUCUGGGUGUUUCUACCAAUAGUUGUAAUUACAUUUUUAGUUGGCCUCGUCAGGCACUAUGUCUCAAUUAUUUUAUCUUCCCAUAAAAAGAUUGAGUUAUUACAAGUACAGGAUAGUCAAGUUAUGAUUAGAGCUCGAUUAUUAAGAGAGAAUGGCAAGUAUCUUCCUAGGCAGUCAUUUGCUAUGAGAAGGCAUUGGUUUAACAAUGAAGAUACAGGAUAUUUCAAAGUGCAAAAGAGAACAUCAAAUGCCCAGAAUCCUAUGACAGACCCUGGAAUGAUGACAGACAUGCUUAAAGGGAAUUUGACUAAUGUGUUACCUAUGAUUGUAAUAGGAGGCUGGAUUAACUGGAUGUUCAGUGGCUUCCUUACUACUAAAGUGCCAUUUCCCCUCACCCUGAGAUUUAAACCAAUGUUACAAAGAGGAGUGGAGCUGGCCUAUCUAGAUGCAUCAUGGGUGUCCUCAGCGUCAUGGUAUUUCUUAAAUGUAUUUGGUUUGAGAACCAUCUACACUCUUGUCCUGGGAGAAAAUAAUGCUGCAGAUCAAUCUAAAGUGAUGCAAGAUCAAAUGUCAGGAGCCGCAAUGGCCAUGCCUCCGGAUCCGAAGGCGGCGUUCAAGGCGGAGUGGGAAGCUCUUGAGAUCACCGAACACAAGUGGGCCCUCGCCACUGUUGACACCGACUUGCUCACAGCCGAGUGAACAUAGUGUAAUAAAUAAUAUGUUAUAGGAGGCCAAUUACAUCAUAAUAUAGUAAUACAUCAAUCAAGCAGCCAAUGCAAAACAAAAAAUUAAUUAAAACUUGCCUGACUUCAUCGAUAACUUGUACUCCAUUCAUUCCAGAGUAAUAAUAUCCAGAUUUACUAUAUUUGUGUAAGAGUCUUAUAUGCAUAAGGUAUUUAUUUCAUUUAAAUGCAUUUUAAAUAUAAUGGUGAAUAUGUAAGGAUUAUAUUAUUAAAUAGAAACUUAGUCACUUAAA